AUGUAUAUAGGAAUUAUGCGAAGCGGUCAAAAACGCCCUUUGAUAGAACUACCUGACAACCGAACAUUCUUUUGUUUGACAGAAUUAUCAUUUCUGAUAAUUAUUUUAACAAAUACUACUGAUGAUGAUUUAUUUGGUGAGCCUGAUAAUGUGACACAAGUUAGAACAGUUUAUGAAAUUCUUAAACAAAUUGGUAAUGGAAAACUUGAAGAAUUUGGACUUGAAAAUGAUCAAAAUUUUGGACAAAUUACUCCAAAAUUAAUUAAUGUAAUUGAUUAUUUUGAAAACAAUCUUAAUGAACAUCAAGCAGCAAUAAAUGGGAGAAUAAAUCAGCUUAUUGAAAAUUAUAACAAUGCCUUGAAUGAAGGGGAUCAGGCAGUGGUUAACCAAAUUCGAGAGGAGAAAAUAAAGUUUAUUAUUGGAAGAUUAAAUGAUUUUACUGAGUUAAAAACAGAUGAGAAUUACGAAGAUUUUUUAGGACAAUAUGGACUUAGUAGGGAAAUGGUCUCUAAAGAUUACUUUAUGGGAUUAAGGUGA